UCUGUCUUGACAGCAUAUUUUAUAUGCAGGGAGUGCCAUGAUAAUUAUGAUAACACCAACACAAACUCUCAAAACACACAACUAAUUGAGAAGAAAACACAGUCAUUGCAAAUCAUCACACAUGAUAACUCCCACUAUGAAUCCAUUCAAUUACUCUCUCUUUCCUUCCUUUCCACACUCUUUCCUUGCAAUUUAAGCUUUUCAUUCCCCUUUUUCAUAAAAAUAAAAAAAUUAGCAAUUUAUAAGAUCCCCUGCAGCAAACUGAGUUCACCUCAGAACAGAGAAAGAAGACAAGAUGGCCUCUGUUUGCAUAUCAAACUGCAUCAACGACACACGCGACCCGCGUGUACCGGUUCGGGCCACUUACGUGAACCUCUACAAGUGGCCGGAAUCGGACGCGGAGUUCGUGAGGUCGGUGAGCUCCAAUUCCAACAGAGAAAAGGGUUCGUCGCAGAUUUACGGGCACCCCAGGGUGGUGGACAGCAUUUCCUGCAGGGGAUUGUACCUCAGAAGCUACACGUUUUCAAGGGAAGAAGAGAAAGAGCCUCAGAAAACUCAGAAAUGUUUUGGCAAGGUGAAGGGGAAUGGGAACAAGACAAAGCCUGAGGCUAAGAAGAAAAAGAAGUGUUUGAUUUGGAGGAAAGCUAAGGAGAUUUCUUGCUCUGCUGUUUUUCGGAUUUUUCAAAGGUUCUUGGCUUGCUCUGCUAGUGUUGAUGUUGUGGAUGAAAAUUAUUACUUUUAAUUAAGGUUUGGACUUUGAACUAUACGAAUUUGUUGUUGCUGUUUUUAUUUUUAUUUUUUCAUUUUCCCUAUUUAUGAUCGAGAUAAAGAAUUCAUUGAUGUUAA